UUGCGAACUGCAAACAGUUAACGGUGUUCGCUAUUUAAUGCAUGCACACCGACCGCGCGCCGUCGGUUUUGUUUGCUCUGGCUCGGUUUUGAUUCUGUCGAGCGCAAAAAAUUCAUUAUCAGACAGACAAAAGUACUGUUAGGGCUUUCUUUGCGUCUAUUAUCUGAUCGACGCUGCUUUUCUCCUCGCGAUGAUUUGAAUACUGAACUAGUUCAACGCGUUCGAAAUUAAUCGCGGCCCCGAAAUUGCGCGAACAAUAAUCGAAUGUGUAGUUAGUGUAUGUGUGUGUGGAAUAUGGAAAUGACUUAAUAACCAACCACGCCGUGCUAAAUGGUGCUAUCGGCUCGCGUUAAUUAAUUGCCAUUCAUUGUUUAUGUUUACACAGCGCCUUGGCCUUCGGUUUAUUAGAGCCGGCGUCGCGGACUGAGUCGGCCUCCUCUGUGUGUUUUGUUAAAAGCUAAAAGUGUUUGUGAAGUUCGCGUACGGGCCGGGACGCGAUUCUCUAAUUAUUGCCUUUGCGUUUAAACAGUCGCCGCGAGCAAAAGAAGCGCGAGACCUGCGCGCGCGAUCCGUCGUUCGUACUCUCCUCUUCGCGCUUUGCCAUCGUCAUUCAGAUGCGCGCUGCAAAUGAGAAACAGUUCUUAUGGCGCUGCGGAGAAUUACGGGAUUAAUGUGUCUUAAUGGAAUAAAUAACGAGCUGAGCGGAUCGCAUUUAAUAGCGUUUUAGAACGAUGAAGAUGCUGACCACUUGUCUGAUCCUCGCCGCAAGCGUGGCUUUUACCAUGGCCGCCCCAGUGAAGCAAGCCGCCGCAGCAGCUGCUGCUGCGACCGCAAUCGAUGACAAACCGGAAAAGUCCUCCGGUCGUCAAGGAAAAUCGCUCAAUUAUUACGAUUAUGUGCAGCCGGCUGAAGAGUUCGUUGACUACGGCGCCGCUGAUGGUUAUGAGGACGCCGAUGGGGACGACUACGCCCUGGAUUACGACCAGAACGACCUUGGACGCACGUUGCCGAAGAGGAAGAAGGUGCGUCGUCCGUAUAACUCGCCCAUAUACUACAUUCGCCUGCCGCCCCAACCGUACAUGUUCGUACCGGGCUUCGGGUACGUUUCGCAGCCGCCGCAAAACCCCGUCCAGCAGUUCCUCAACGUGCCGGUGAGCUUCGUCUCCAACGGCAAGCCAGCGAAUAUUUAUCAGUGGAGCGGUAUUCAACAAUUUCCUACACCAGCACCGCCAGCGCCUAUUCCGCGCCCACAGCCGCCCGCGAUGGUCCAGAGGCCUAAGCCGAAACCCGACAGCACGAUACACCGUCUGCCCGGACAGUUCGCCUUCAACGGCAAACCGGAGGACAUUUUUGUUCUCAGGGACUCGUACAACUCGCUGUACAGUGACGCUCUGCAGAAUUUCUAUCCUUGAUUGGUGCUAUUAAAUCGUAACUUUCUUGCUAUUUAUAAAUUAAGUAAUAUGUCGAUUUCCUUUUUUGAUAUUUUUUCGAAAUUACUGAAGAAAUGUUUUUAUUUAAAUUGCACUUAUUCAUUCCACAUUGAACUCCAUCGAGGCUUAAUUUAUUUUUUAUUUAUUUUUAAUUUGAAGUAAUUUUAUUUAUAUUAUUUUUAUUUUGUUAUAUUAACAAUAAAUUAAAUAUUUGGUUAUUUAAUUUAUACACUGAAAUACAA